GUGAUUCGUGCUUGGCCUAUCCGCGUUCUAUCCACACCAUCCCUGGGCUUGGAGUUGAAUCCACACACACCAUCACUCGCUAGUGCUCUUGAGUUUCAAGAGCGCGAUUGCUAGCACAGCAAAGAUGCAGGCUCUGGCAGCAAUGCAGGCGUCUCCAAUGUCGAGCGUGCGCUCCACCAUCAGCAGCAUCACCAGCAGCAGUGCUAGCAGUGGGAGCAGCAGCUUCUUCCAAGGUCAGUCCAAGAUGGCUGUCUCCAUGGCGGGUGCGCGAGUGAGCAUGAUGGCGACGGCGGACAAGGCAGCAGCACCAGCGCCGGCGGGAUUCACCCCGCCAGAGCUCAAGCCCGACACUCCAUCACCGAUCUUCGGCGGCAGCACGGGCGGGCUGCUGCGCAAGGCACAGGUGGAGGAGUUUUAUGUGAUCACCUGGGAAUCGGGCAAGGAGCAGAUCUUCGAGAUGCCCACGGGCGGCGCCGCCAUCAUGAGAUCCGGGCCCAAUCUCCUCAAGCUCGCGCGCAAGGAGCAGUGCCUGGCGCUGGGCACGCAGCUGCGCUCCAAGUUCAAGAUCAACUACCAGUUCUACAGGGUGUUUCCAAACGGCGAGGUGCAGUACUUGCAUCCCAAGGACGGAGUGUACCCCGAGAAGGUGAACCCCGGGCGGAAGGGCGUGGGCGUCAAUCUCAGGUCCAUUGGCAAGAACUGCAACCCGGUGGAUCUCAAGUUCACUGGCAAGGCCGCCUACGACGUCUAAGAUCUCAUUUCUAGUUCUCCGUGUAAACCAUGAAACUUUAAAAGCAGUCCACUCGUCGAACAUGGGCCUUGCAUCUCUCACCUCUGAGUAAAUGGAUCUCGAUCGAGCUGUGUAAAUCUAUCUUCUCUUCGUUCCA